UCUUCAGGAUGGGGGAAUAUAUACCACGUUUUGAGCAGCGCGAAGGUGAUCAGCGCAGUUAUGGUCCACAGCGUCUUCCCACUUUGGGAGCUGUUCCAGUCAAAAAUGAAAAAGGACAAGUGGUUAUGCAGAAAGUCAAAGUGCAGCGGUAUAUCGCUGGUAAAAUGCCUAAUUAUGCCAAGGAGGGCGGCUCAGAAUCAGAUGAGGAACGAGAUGACAAAAAACGACGUGAGAGCAGAUUCGACAAAGAAGAACGGCCUAAGGAUAGACACAGGCGAGAGAGGGAGGAUGAUCAUGAACAUGAACAAAGGCACCGCGAUCGUCAUCGCGAUGAAGGAAGCAGUCGCCCUAUUGAGGAACCUGAGAUUUUGAAGCAGGAGAAAGAAGAGGAAGAUGCAGAAGCUGUUGAGCAGCGUCGUCAAAGAGCGCGUUUGAGAAGGCUCAACCUAGAGCAGCAACAGCAGCAAGAGGAAGAAGAUGAUGUUGGCAGUGACGAAGAAGAGUUUGAGCGAAGAAGAAGGAUACUUCGAGAAAAAGCCAAACAGAGGGAGCUUGAAGAGAUGAGACUGAAGGAAGAAAUUAAGCAAGAAGAAGAGGAAUUUGAAGAAGAGGAUGAGGAGGAGAGCGAGGAAGAGUCUAGUGAAGAAGAAGAGGAUGAUACUUUGCCGCGGUUAAAACCAGUUUUCGUUAGAAAGAAGGAUCGCAUUACAUUGAUAGAAGCUGAGAAAGAAAAACAACAGCAAGAGCAACAAAGACGCGAAGAGGAACGGAAGAAAGAAGAGAGGAAGAAAGACAGCAUUAGACUGGUGCAACAAGUCUUACGCGAAGAAGAUGAAAGAGAGAAACGAAAGAAGGAGGAGAAUAUUGAACUGGAAUCGGUGCAGACCGAUGACGAAAGCGAAAAUGUAGCGUAUGAGAUGUGGAAGCUGAGGGAAAUGAAGAGACUGAAGAGGAAUAGAGAAGAACGUGAGCAGGCUGCUAAAGAAAAAGCCGAGUAUGAACGCGUCCAUAAUAUGAGUGAAGAAGAGCGUAUCAAAUAUUUGCGCGCGAAUCCUAAAAUCAUCACCAACCAGGCAAUCAAAGGCAAAUACAAGUUCCUGCAAAAGUACUACCAUCGUGGUGCUUACUUCUUGGAUCAAGAGGACGAAGUUUACAAGCGAAACUUCGCCGAAGCCACUGCAGAUGAUGUGUUUGACAAAACUGUGCUCCCGAAAGUCAUGCAGGUCAAAAACUUCGGAAAAGCUUCACGAACGAAAUAUACUCAUCUUACCAACGAAGAUACUACAGAUCAUCAAGGCGUAUGGGCUAGCGCUAAUAACCUUAAUGUACAGUUCUUCAAUAAAAAAGCUGCUGGUGUCCGGCCAGUGUUCGAAAGGCCAGCAGCAAAGAAAAGAAAGAUGCACACUUACGACCACAAAAACUGGAUCUUCCAGGUUAUGGAAAUGGAAGUAGACAGUGCGCAUACAGGCAACACUGAACCAAGAGCACCUGAAGCCACAAGGCCAGAAGCACCCGCUGGAGCAGUGCCACCACCGAACACACAGGAAGGAAACAUCUCGAAACCAACUGCACAAGUCGCUCCAACCCCAAUGCAGCAGCAACCACCAGCUCAACCUGGAUUACCAAAUUAUUCCCUCCUCAUGACGCUGAAUGGUCAUCAGAAAUCUGUAGCGUCGCUGAAGUUCUCUCCUUGUGGGAUGUACCUCGCUUCUGCAUCUGCAGACACGACAGUUCGAGUAUGGUUUGUGAAGGAUGGGAAGCCAAUGCAGACUUUGAAUGGGCAUAAGAUUGGGAUCAAUGAUGUGGCAUGGAGUCCGAACUCAUUAUUUCUUGCAUCGGCUUCGGAUGACAAGACGGUGCGAAUUUGGGAAGUGGAGACUGGAAAAUGCAUAAAGACGCUGAAAGGACAUACGAAUUAUGUGUUCUGUUGCGCAUAUAAUCCACAGUGUACCAUGGUCGCUUCAGGUUCUUUCGACGAGACUGUCAGGAUUUGGGAUUUGCGUACCGGACUCUGCACAAAAGUGCUGCCAGCCCAUGCUGAUCCCGUAUCUGCUGUGUCGUUCAACCGAGAUGGUACACUCCUCUGCUCAAGCUCCUAUGAUGGUCUGGUACGAAUCUGGGAAACCGCCAAUGGCCAAUGUGUCAAAACCCUUGUGGACGACGAUAACCCUCCCGUGGCAUUUGUGAAAUUUUCUCCCAACGGCAAAUAUAUCCUGGCCUCGACGCUAGACAGUACGUUGAAGUUGUGGGAUUUUACAAAAGGCAAAUGUCUGAAGACGUACACUGGACAUGUGAACCAGAAAUACUGCAUAUUCUCAAACUUCUCUGUGACUGGCGGUAAAUGGAUCGUAUCCGGGUCGGAGGAUAAGAAAAUCUAUAUUUGGAAUUUACAAACGAAGGAAAUUGUGCAAACAAUUGAUUGCCAGCAAGAUGUUGUUUUAGCGACUGAUUGUCAUCCUACCCAGAAUAUCAUUGCUUCAUCCGGAUUAGAAUCCGAUUUUUCUAUUCACUUGUGGAAGAGUGACUUUUAA